AUUAGCAUGUUGGAAAGUUCUAACUAAUUUAAAUACCUCCUUGCAAAUAAUCCAUACGGGAAUUAAUUUAUUCUUUUAUGUAGAUGUUAUCUGAAUGCGGGUUGGAACGUUUAGCUACUUUUACACAUCUGUAUCAGGUUGUCUUAAGGUUAUCAUUGCUUUGUGUUGGUGUCUUUUUCUUCAAUAUCAGUGUAUUGGAUUUUUCGAGCUCCUAUUUCAGGUGCUUUAGCUGCUCAGUCUCUUUCAUUCUCAGCUUCUCUUCAAAACGAACGUGUGUCAGAUCUACUUGUGCAAGCACUGGAAUGAAUGAGCAUCUCACUAUUGUCAUUUAAACAUACAUAUGGAGAAUUAAAUUCGAAUAAUACACGAUUAAUUUGGGGCCAGAAAUGAAUCAUCAUGAGGUUCCCUCUUUG